AUGAAUAUCCGUCAACGCUACCCGAAUCAGUGCAUCUUUAACGCCUUCAAUGCCGCUGUGAUAGACGCCUGUGACGGUCUUGACGGCGUUACCGACGGCGUCAUCAGCAACUUUGCUGCGUGCAAAUUCGACCCCCAGUCCAUGAUUGGCACUCAAGUAGACUGCAGAGGCACGGAGCUGAUGAUUGCCGAGGCAGACGCUGAGAUAGUCGCGGCGACAUGGCAAGGGCCUCGAACCCAGAACGGAGAUUUCAUCUGGUGGGGGAUUCUGCCAGGAACACCGUUUUCUGGCUUAUCAAACACCAUAUGCACAAACGUUACAGACUGCAAACCUGCCCCAUUUUCCAUACCUCCGGAUUGGAUCAGCCGGUGGUGUAUGGGUGACGCCACCACCAAUCUAACUGCUCUCACUGUAGACGACUUCGUUGACGUCUUUGACAAGUGCAAGGCAAAGUACGAGCAUAUUAUAGGCACCAAUGAGGUGGAUCUAACACCUUUUGCUCGAGCCGGUGGCAAGAUGAUCUCAUGGCAUGGCUUGUCCGACGAGCUAAUCUUUCCUCUUGCCACGGGGGACUAUUACCAGCGCGUCCUUGAUGACGAUCCCAAUGCAAAGGAUUACUUUCGCUUCUUCUACGCCCCAGGUGCCCAACAUUGUGGCGGCGGUGCUGGUUACGCUCCGUUAAAUCCCUUCCAGGCAGUUGUUGACUGGACAGAGAAAGGUAUUGUUCCAGAGACUCUUGCCGCCUCUGGUCCAUCAGGAAACCGGGACUUGUGCCUGUAUCCUCUUGUUGCUGUCUAUAAAGGUGGAGAUACAAGAGACGCGGACUCAUAUGACUGCCAAGAAGAUUUCAAUGCUGAAUAA